GUUCUCCCCGUCGCUGCUGAAUGUGUGUAUAACCUCAUAAUUGAUAAAUACUUUAAUGAACCGUCGGGAUUAACCCAGUGAUAAACACCGGGGCCACACGUUUCAGCUUCGCUGGUUAAGCAUCCUCACGGAGUUGAAGGGCAGACGAUUUUUUUUUCUUCAUUCAUGUUGGCCGAUGCCUUGUAGUGGGUAAGUGCCACAGUUGAGGAAUCGGCGGCGCUACCUUCCGUACGCAUCGAUCAGUUACGUGUGAGGGAGAAGAGGCGGCAGAGGCUGACAGGCGUCGUCGUCGGCGGGCCGGCAAGGGCAGCGCCAUGGCGUCGGAGACGAUCCCGUCGGGCGAGCCCGACGUGGUGGUCUGCAUCAAGGGCAGCGAGUUCCUGGCGCACAAGGAGAUCCUGAUGGCGGCCAGCCCGUACCUGCGCGACAUCCUGCACGAGAUCGGCACCGAGCAGCGCAUCAAGGUCGAGCUCGAGGGCGUGUCGCCGUCGGCGUUCGAGGCGCUGCGCUCCUACAUGUACCUGGGCAGCAUCCGCAUCACGUGCCAGAACGUGACGGACGUGUACCGCUGCGCGUACAAGCUGCGCAUCCGGGCACUCAUCUCAAAGUGCCUGCAGUACCUGGCCGAGUCCGGCGAGGUGGGCCGUCACGUGGUCCUCUACGUGAACGCCGUCAAGGUGGCGAUGAGGGACGAGGAGAAGGUGGCGUUCCAGUUCCUCGUGGAGCACUUCGACAACGUGAUGCGCUGCCGCGAGUUCCUGGACCUGACGGCUGCCGAGCUGUGCAGCAUCCUUCGCUCCGACGUGCUGGGCACGCGCAGCGAGCUCAACGUGUACAUGGCGGCGCUCGCGUGGCUCGACCACGAGUACGAGCGGCGCCGGGGCCUCGAGGAGCAGGUGCUCGAGUGCGUGCGCUUCCCGCUGAUGGACGAGGCGACGCUGAUGCGCUGCUUCCUGCCCCCCAUCUGCCCCAGCGCGGCCAUCAACGCGUCCGUCAAGCUCAGCAUCGUCAAGGCCAUUUUCACGCACCUGGCGGCCGAGCGAAACCGCGACGACCUGGCCCACGAAUACAGGUGUCACUCGACGUGUACUAUGCUCGACUGUUACGAUGGGGUGUCAAACUUCCUGGACCAGUUGAGUAGCAUGCUUGCUGAGCUUGUUGGCUCCGAGCUGCCGGACUCGGGCAUUGACACUUCUGAUUCGUCGGACGAGACCCCUCGGCGACUGCACCACUGA